AUGGCAGAGCGCGAUGCCCGUAUCCUCGUGGCCACUGGCUUUCUGCUCCAGCCUUCUGCCACCACCCUUGCCUACGCUCACAGCAAGUUCAGCCUCGUCUACCGCGCUGACUCGCCGGCCGGUUACUUCUUCCUUGCCCUCUAUGACCAGUACCUCAAGCAUGCCUACAACUUUGACGACUAUCUCGAGGCGCACGGCCAGGUCUCUGCGGCCCGCGAACCCGAUGAUCCCCUCCACAACCCCUGCACCUGGAACGCAAAGCAGGAUGGUGUGUCUGUCUGGCAGAUCAUGGCUCAGAACCCGGAGAAGCUGGACCAGUUCCAAAAGGGAUUGGCCGGCAUUGAUGUUGCCGUCCCGCCCGUGGGUCAUUUUGACUUUUCAUUGUUGAAAAACAGCGACGAGGAGAAUGCUGCGGGGAUCAAGGAGCUGGUUGAUGUCGGGGGUGGCCAUGGAGUGGUGUUGUCCAAGAUUCUCGCUGCUCAUCCAGACUUGGGUGCCAGGAACACCGUGUUGCAGGAACGGAAGGACAUUUGUGCUCUGGCCGCUGAACAUCUGCCCGAGGGAGCAGUGGCGAUGGAACAUGAUUUUACAAAGGAACAGCCUGUGAAAGGAGCGAAGGGCUAUUUCUUCCGGAUGAUCAUGCACGACUAUUCCGACGCCGUUGCCUCAGGGAUUCUGAAGCAGAUCGUACCUGCCAUGAACAGCCAGUCCAGGGUCCUGGUCUGUGAUAUGAUCUUGCCGCAAAAGGUUGGGGAGGCCGACUUUGCAGCGGCCGUGAUGGAUCAUGCCGUUAUGACCAUGGGUGGCAAGGAAAGAACUGAGGAAGGCUUCAGAAAGAUCUUUGACGCUGCUGGACUGGAGUUGGUCAAGGUUUGGAGGGCCCCGGGCGUUCCUGGUGGUGUGGUUGAGGGAAGGCUGAGGGCUAACUGAUUUGAUGACACGAGAAGAUGACAACUGAGCAGAUUUUUACGUUGUCAGAAGUAUUGUGAUGUCUUGAUAGGUAGUUUGGCCUUUUUUUCUCUUUCUUCUGGCUAUAUUAAUGAAGAUCUCUUUUUGGAUAUCUGAUUUUGUCUCUGG